UUGAUCACCGCCCAUUUUCCUUGAUUAUUUUGCAUGAGCUGAAGGAGAUGGAUUUUGUACAACUGUAAGUAGUGUGCUGAUUAGUAUAGUCUAAGCCUGGAACGAUAAUUGUGCAUGCACUUAGUCUCUGAGAAUGACAGGUGUAAGGUUGAAAUAGCCACGUGUAGUGAUCCUAGAAUAGCUAGAUGUGUGGCUGAGAUUCAAUAUGUUGUGUGUGAAUCCAGCUGAGGCUAACGAUUAUGUAGUACACGCUUUGUGUUGCUCAUUCUGAUAGAAGAGAAAUAUAGUCAUCUCUGCGAUUUCUGCAAGAGAGAAACAUUUAAUCACUCUGCAUUUCUUCAUUCUUCUAUUUUUUCUCUUUCAAGGAAACUUCGUCGUUGCUCAGACCUCCCAAACAUGCUACCAUUCAAAAGGAUUUCCAAAUCCCAUGUCUGCCUGGGUUGCAAUCCUCUGUGUAACAAAUUACAAGCUGGGGAUGACAUUGACAUACUCAGGCACUUACCCAGGUUGAUGAAUGCUCAGCCUUGCUGCAGUUCAAGGAAAGCUUUGCAAUUAACAAGUCUGAUUCUGCAGAUCCUCUUGCUUAUCCGAAGGUUUCAUUUUGGACGCGAGAAGGAGAUGAGAAUCGGAGUACUUGUUGUUCAUGGGAUGGUGUUGAAUGUGAUGAGGAGUCUGGCCAUGUUAUUGGCCUUGACCUCCGUAGCAGCUGUCUCCAUGGUUCUAUCAAUUCCAGCAACAGUCUCUUCCGCCUUGUCCACUUGCAGAGGCUUGACCUCUCAGAUAAUCACUUCAAUUUCUCUCAAAUACCGUCAAGAUUUGGUCAUGAUCUUUCGAAGUCUAACAUAUCUCAACCUUUCAAAUUCCUUAUUCUCUGGCCAAAUUCCAUCAGAAAUUUCAAAGCUAUCAAAGCUGUCUACCCUUGAUCUGUCUUUCAAUGGUCCGAAAUUUGAUGCUUAUGGUAUCCCUUUGAAAUUGACCAAGGGCAACAUGAGAAGCCUGGUUCAGAACUUGACCGCCAUAAAACAACUUCAUCUUAAUUGGGUAGAGAUGUACUCCACUGUGUCUGAUAUCUUGGUCAAUGCAUCUUCUCUAACGUCUCUCCGAUUUGGCUAUUGUGAGUUGAAUGGGGAAUUCCCAGUAGGCAUCUUCCACCUACCAAACUUAGAGGUUCUGGAUGUGAAAGGUAACUCAAACCUUACCGGUUAUUUCCCUAACUUUAACAUGAGCAAUAAUAAUUCUAUCAGAAACCUCCAUUCCUUAAAUUUGUUGGACAUCUCUCGCUGUCAUUUUUACCCCCUUGUUCCAUCUUCACUCGGAAACCUUACCCAGCUCAACUACCUUGACAUGUUUUUAUUUAAUGACAUUCCAAAUAAUAAUUCCACAGGCCAAUUAGUUUCUGAAUAUUCCUUGUCUUGGAUAGCAAGUUUAACCAACCUCUACAGUUUGUCCCUUGGGGAAAAUUCCCAAGUUUUGUGGCUAACCUCACGCAACUUUCAUUUCUAUACUGGGAUAAUGACGAAUUAACUGGUCAAAUCCCAUCUUGGCUUAUGAAUUUGACCCAGUUAACUACUCUAUCUAUACCUCCCGGGUAACAAUUUGCAAGGAGCAAUUCCUAGGUCACUCUUCCAGCUCCAAAAUCUUGAAAUUCUUGACCUUUCCUCUAAUAGCUUGAGUGGACAAGUUGAGUUUGAUCAGUUUUCCCAGCCCAAAAAGUUAAUGGAACUUCAAUUAUCAUACAACAAGUUAUCUCUGCUGAUCAUAACCAAUUUGAGUGCUACUGUUCCACAGCUUGAACUUCUAGAUCUCCAGACCAAUAUGUUACAAGGAUCACUGGCAAUUCCACCACAAUCAAUCAGAAACUAUAUGGUCGGCAGCAAUCAUUACAGUGGAGAAAUUUCGCCCUUGUUCUGCAACUUGAAUGAUUUGCACAUUCUUGAUUUGUCCAACAACAGCCUGAGUGGCAUGCUUCCACAAUGUUUGGGGAACUCCAGUGCUCUUGAAAUAUUGAUGCUGAUGAACAAUUCAUUUCAUGGCAGUAUUCCUCAAAUAUGUCCAGUCGAAAAUAGUUUGAAAAUGGUUGAUUUGAGUUACAAUCAGCUACAUGGAAAAGUACCAAGAUUAGAGUUUCUUAACAAUCAUAUGCGCGACAUCUUCCCAUUUGGUUAGGGGCACUUCCAGCACUACAGGUUCUCAGUUUGAGGUCUAAUGGAUUUCAUGGCAUGAUUGGGAAGUAUGCAACUAACCAUGACUUCCCAAAGUUGUGCACCAUUGAUUUAUCUGACAAUGGUUUUUCAGGUGUGUUUCCCUCUAACUACUUAGAGAACUGGAAUUCCAUGAAAUUUGUUGACGCGAGCCAGCAAACUUAUUUUCAAGUCAACUCAGCUAAAUAUACGGCUCCCUUUGCUUAUCCAUACUCAAUCACAACUUGGUGUUGAGUUGAAAUUUAUAUGGACCCCUUAUCUUCUUAGAUUUAUAGAUUUCUCAAGUAAUAGAUUUGAAGGAGAGAUUCCAGCAGGUGUCAUUGGGAAUCUAAGAGGCCUUCUUUUCCUUAACCUUUCCAACAACGCUCUCACUGGUCUCAGCCCAUCAUCUUUAUGGAACUUGACGGCUCUUGAAUCGUUGGAUCUCUCCCGAAACCAGCUCUCAGGAAGGAUCCCCGGUAAUUUGGCACAACUCACUUUCCUUGAAUAUUUCAAUGUAUCCUAUAACCAUCUUGGGGGUCCUAUACCACUUGGCCAACAAUUUGGUACAUUCCUAGAAGAUUCUUACCAAGGAAAUUCAGGUCUGUGUGGAAAGCCUUUGUCAAAGAAAUGUGAUAGCUCAAUAUUGCUACCACCAUCAAUCUUUGAAGAAGAUGAAGAUUCCGGGUUUCAAAUUGCACUAGAUUGGUAUGUGGUUCUGCCAGGAGUUGUUAGUGGUCUAAUAGUUGGAGUGGUUGCUGGGAACUUUUGGACAAGCAAGAAUCAUGAAUGGUUUUUAGAGAAAUUUAGCAGGAAGAGGCAGCCAAGAGGCACACGGGGAAGGAGAGGACACAGAAACUAAGUACUUAAUUUAAAUCCAUGUUUAUCUUGCAGCUGCUGCUGUUGUUGUUUAGAAUUCUUGUAUGGGGUCUGGUGCAUUCUGUUUUAUUACAGUAAGGGUGGUGGGUGGUGCUGUAAGUUGCUUGUAUUAAUUUGUACAACAAUUUUUGUAAUAUGUUUCUGUACAAACUACAUUUUCUGUUUCCUGUUUGCUUAGUUUCUUUGAUUUCUUGUAUUGUUGUUCUUAAUUCAGUACCCAAUAUUUGGAUGCCUAAUGCUUACUUUGCAGCCAGUAUAUGUUGCUACUAUCAACUUCUAGUAAUUUAAUUUGCCAACUCUCUUGAGGUUCUUCUCUGUC